UCCAGAGAUUUAACCCUGUUCAGCCAACACAGAUAAAUAAAAUAAAAUAAAAUAAAAAGGAUUACUAUAAGUAUAUAAAUAGGCAGAAAGAAAAUAAAAAAAAAGGUGGUUUGGAUCUACUCACACUCACACACACCUCUCUUUCUUUCUCUCUCUAUCUCUAUCUGAACUCAACUCUUUCUCUCUACCAAACGAAAGAAAAACAAACAAACAAAAAAAACGAGUGAGCUUUCCGCCAUGAGAAUAAGGAAGCAUGCGAAGGUGUCACCUCUCACGUACGCCGCCUCGUCCUUGAAGCCCGGAGCCCUUCUUCACGCUCAUAUCUGCCACCUCAAUCAGUCGCCGUGGGACGUCAUCACCUUUCCUCCGGAAGAACAAGAGGAAGAAGGUUCGUCGUCGAUGUUGCUUCCUCCUGCGGCGGCGCCGCCGCCGCAUAGCUUUCUGUUCGAUGGAUGCGAAAGUUAUCCCCCAAAUGGGAGUUUUAACGAUUCUAAUGAAGCUGUUCAGAGUCCCGAUUCCGCGAUGUUCUCGCCGGGGUGGGAUUAUUCCAACCGUAUCGCGGCGGCGGCCGGUUAUACCGCCGCCGAAGACGGCGCGGCAGAGGCGGAGGAGGCCACGAUUUUGUGCUGUAAGACGGACGGGAAGGCGUGGCAAUGCAAGAGAGAGGCCAAAGACGGCCACACCUUCUGCGACCACCACUUAGAGCAGCUCAAGCACUACAACAACUUGGCUCACCCUACCAGGACGGCCGUGAAGAAAUCCGAGAAACAGACGCCACCUCCGCCUCCGGCGGACGACUCCGCAAUGACAACCCGCUGCCGCCGCGCCCGACCGAAGAAGCCCUCGGUGUCCACCAAUCCGUACGAAUUAUAUUACUACACCGGCUUCGGCCCGCUCUGGGGCAAGAAAAGAGGCUCCGGGAGAGCAAGCGGCACAACGAGUAGCAGCGCCGCCGCCUCCGAGCAUGAUCAACGCAACGGAGGAAGCUCCUCCGCUUCGGAAAUGGACGACAUGGACGACGGGGAAUUCGACUAUGUGGAAGACGAAUACGAGGACGACGAAGAACACGAGUUGGAUGAUGGCAAAAGGAAGAAAGCCCGCAAACCAAUUAAAGCAAGAUCCUUGAAGUCACUCAUGUAAGAACACAAAUCCCUUAAUUUCCCAUUAUCUCUAAUUUCAAUCUUUGCUAAUAUUGUCUAUUGUCUUGUAAACUUGUAAUGCUGAGACAUUUGCAUGAUACAUUGAAUUUCAAAUCCUUAAUUUUUCCGAA